AUGCAUGGUGAUGUUAUACGUGCUCCUCCCACAGAAUUGCAUAGUAUGACUGCUCCAUGGCCAUGUUCGAUCUGGAGAAUAGAUGUGAUCGGAACUAUUGAUCCUCCUGCUUCAAAUGGGCAUCGAUUCAUCUUAAUGGUGAUUGAAUAUUUCACCAAAACUGCAAUCAGGACUUCUACCGGUGCAACUCCUUACUCUUUUAUGUAUGAAAUGGAAGCAGUAUUGCCUGCAAAAGUUGAAAUUCCUUCCUUACGCAUUCUGAUGGAAGCUCAGAUUGAAGAAACUAAAUGGGUCAGAGAACGUCAUGAGCAGUUGUCUUUGAUUGAUGAAAAGAGAUUGAAUGUCGUCUGUCAUAGACAAUGUUAUCAGCAACGAAUGCCUCAGGCAUACAACAAAAAAGUCAAACCCCAUUUGUUUGAACUUGGAAAUAAGGUCUUGAAACAGAUUCUUCUAAUGCAAGAGGAGGCUAAAGGGAAGUUUUCUUCCAAUUGGCAAGAACCAUUCAUUGUUAAGAAAGUGUUAUCCGGAGGAGCGUUUAUCCUUAUGAAAAUGGACGGUCAAGUUUUUCCCCAACCAAUCAAUGUAGACAUAUGUAAAAAGUUUUUCAUUUGA